GCGGGAGCAGAUUGGCUUGACGGCCAGGCCUUAUUGGGCAUUGAGGCAGCUCGAGCCCCCGUCAUCUGGAACAACGGAAACAUCUAUAACCAGCGCCACAUCUUGUACGAUGCCUAUCAAUUCCGUGGAGCCGUGCCCGUGGGCGACGAGCUGCUGGAGGCCUGUGCCUGA